GUGUCCGACAAUUGGUACAUGUGUGUGUGAUACGCGAGAAUUUACAUUUUUACGUUAGUUCUUUUCCGCCACCAUAUGUUUGGCCUUUAACGACCCGAGCGCGCGCGCGCGCGAGUCUUAUUACUUCCUUCGAACAACACGCUCCGAUGCAUCCUACCGGAUGAUCAAUAGCUCUUUCGUGUAACUUUUCUCCCGCCGAUCUUUGUACAGCGCGGAGAACCGCGCUCUGACUGGAAAGAUCCUGCGUGUUGAGCUGAGCGUCGUCCAUCGCUACUAUAUUGAUCUACCUGUCUCAGGGUUAUAUUCGGCCGCGUGUUUCAGCGCAGUACCCUCCGGUCCUUCACCACGAGAUCACUCCCGCCUACCGGGAUCUCUCCCGCUUUCGUUCGGGCUCACGCGAAUAAUCGUGUUGUCGCAUCGCAAUCUCGGUUCGUUGUUCAUCAGUUGAACAAAUAUCGCUGUUAUCUGUUCGGAUAACGCGAGACCACGAGUCAUUUCUUUUUUGGGUGCUCACUCGCUUGGGUGUCAAGUGAACGUUGUCAGGUUAAUCACGCUGACUCAUGGCGCGUCGUUUCGUACAUAAUUAACAAUUCUCCUCGUAUCGGGACGACGAGUCCCGAUUGUGACUCAAACCAUAGAUAGUAUGCAUUGAGUCGUAACUGUCCAACUCGAGCAGCGUCGUUAAGACAGUGGAGCGAGUUCAUUUUACACAACUGUGUGUUUCCUUAUUAAUUUCCUUAUUAAUUGACCAAUCGAGUUUAACAAGAUACAAUAACAACGCCCUCGGCGCUAUAAUCGCGUAAAGUUUCACGGUAACCAAGUUGAGAUUAAAAUUCCGUUAACAUAUUGAUUUGGUCAAAAUUCACUAAAAAAAAUCGACAAAACUCAGACAAAUACUCAGACACCGGAUAUCUCUCGUUGGAGUCAGAGACAGAGAUAUCAAAAAGAUUGUGCGUGUAAUAAAUGUCAGAUAUUCAGGAUGCAAAUUUUGAUUUUUGAACGAUGACGAGUGAUUGCAGGAAAUUGAUUAAAGUCAGAUUUGCAUCAAGUCGUAAAUUGGCCGAUUGCUGUAGUCGUGCGUGUAUUUCAUUCGGUGCUGCGAGAAUGAUCGUGUCUCUGCAAAUUUCGUCGUUUCGAUGAGAAAAUGCCGCGAUGCUGCGGCGCUCCUUUAAUUUCCGCCGCGGAUGGCAACGGGUCUCCGCAGAGUCUUGGUUUGCAGAUCCAGGACGGAAACCCGCGAAACAAGACAGCGUUAGCACCGGGGCAUAGUUUGAUGGACUGGAUCCGUCUUGGUAAUUCGGGAGUCGAUUUGACCGGAGUUGGUGGUGUAUCACGAGUUGUAACAUUAUCCGAGCUUGCUAAUCACAACAAGCAAACUGAUGCUUGGAUUGCGAUCCGAGGAAUCGUAUUCAACGUAACGCGUUACAUGGAUUUUCAUCCGGGUGGAGUCGACGAGUUGAUGAGGGGUGUUGGGAAGGACGCCACGAAAUUAUUCGAAAACGUGCACGCUUGGGUGAAUUAUCAGAGCAUUUUGCAAAAAUGCAUCGUAGGCAAGUUAAGUCGAGGCUCCUCGUCCGUCGCGUCGAGUGCUGCUGCUUCCUUGACGGAAAAGUCAGCCACAAACGCGAACAACUGUUCGUCCGUGACGUUGGGUUUUAGCAAAAGUUCCGCCGCACCAAAAGCGGCCGAAGAAAACUUGUCGGACUUACCGAAUAUAAAUAUGAAUUGGCGACAGACUUCCAAUUCUAUCACGCUUUUUUAUCAAACCAUGCACAACUAUCCGGGAAUGUAUUAUCAGCUGCAACGGUUGAGCGACUCGAAACUCAUUUUUAGACUUAUUUUAGAAAAACAUAUAAUCACUCACGAACUCGAAUUGAUCGCAGACGUGGAAUGGCCUCCAACUUGUAAGAGCAAUUUCGAAACGAUGCAGGUAGACUUUACGUUUACAAAGAGGAUCAGAGAAGUUUGGAAAUCUCAGGGAAAGUUACGGGAGGAUACUUUGUCGAGAGGAUCAGUGAACAAACGCACGUACAAAGAGUACGAAGUACUCAGUAAUACAUCCAUUUGCAAAUUAGUUAAUUUAUUGGUCUUACGUGCGAAAGACUCUUUAGAACUAAUUCCUAUUGGCAGACAUAUAGAAGUUAAAAUGAAUAUCAUGGGAAUGGAAGUGUCGAGAUCAUAUACGCCUGUCCCACCGUGCCUUCAUCCCGAAGAUAUGGCGCCAAAUUACAAGCCGGAUUGUAUUUGCUUGAUGAUAAAGCGAUAUCCGAAUGGUGCUCUUAGUCCGUCCAUCACCACGUUACGACCUGGCCAAACCCUUACUAUGAGCAAUGGUUUAGGUGCCUUUGUAAUCGAAUCGUUCGAUCGGUAUCCUGUCAUCCACAUGUUGGCAGGUGGAACAGGUUUAACCGCGAUGUUAGGGAUAAUUCAGCGAGCAUUAGCGAGACGUAACGUGAAACUAAUCAAUCUUUUAAACUUCAAUAAGGACGAGGACAAUAUGUUUUACGUGUCGCAACUUGACAAGGUGUCUAUGGAAAAGAAGUUUAAAGUUGCACAUAUCCUUUCGCAAGCGGGUGAUAAAUGGAAGGGUAAGCGCGGCGUCGUGUCCGAUGAAUUGUUGAAAGAAUUGAUUGGCGAGUAUUCGUUAGAUGGAUGCAUAUUUACAUGUGGACCAAAAGGAUUCAUGCUGUCUGCGAAAAAGUGUAUUCAGAAACUUGGUUGGGCAUCUUACCAAAUAUACGAGUUCGACUCUUAGUCGCCUGCAUUGAAAGUACGCGUGCCCAAUAUGUGUUACCUCCUUUUCAAUAGAGCGCCUAACGAGAGACCAGAAUUUGUACCUGUCGAACUACACCAAUUUCAGUUAAGCGUUAUUACAAAAGCCGUGAUAACCUAGUGGACCGAUUAUCAUUAACGUGUCACUAAUCGAUGUGUAUUUUUCUGAAAUUAUGAAGAUUUGUAAGCAUACUUUUACCCCCAUGUCCGCCCAUAACGGCACUUUUUAGCUGCGAUAAAUUGUAAUAUUGUCCGUAAAGUAGAUUUACAUGAUUUUACAGUUGUACGGCAGUGAGGAAAUAGGAACAAACUAUUACGCAAUUUAUAGAUAGACAAAAUGAGAUAUAUCUCACUGUGAACUGGAAGACUGAGUUCUAUCGGAAACAUUGUAUCGUAAUUGUUAGAAGGAAAUGUUUGAUUAUAAAGUUGAUUAUAAAUUAUGAAGUUUGAUUAUAAAGUAAAAACUCGACGUUGGAUUUGAAAUUUGGAAGUGGGGAGAUUCGAGUGGUAACCACACUAUUUUCUUAAAUUUUACCAAUUUUGCAAUUGGCUGAUUGAAAAUAUCCCUACUGUGCGUCACUACGAUAUAAUAACAGUUGUCAUCUAUGUGUUUGAUAUCAUGAUAUCACUUGGUGUCUUUCGGUGACAAAUUAGACUGCGGUAAAAAGAAAUAAUUUGAAUUUCAUGUAGCGCAUUAGAGUUGCACUCUUAGUGCGUCGGAUGAGAUGCAUACUUUUCUUUAGGAAAUUUCAAGCGUGUUUAUACAGUAGAGCACACAAUUGGCACAAUUAAGCGGGCGCAGCAUAGCGCGUAAUAUUCUGUCGAUAUUGUUUCCUCGAUUAUGACGUAGAAUAUAUAAUUUAUUUUUGAUAAGAUGAGUGAUCUCAAGCAAAUAGGUAUAUAUUAUUUGUGUAAAUAUAAUUACGAUCGAGUGUAUAGUUACUCUCUUCCCGAGAACAAAUGUGCAUUUAUACAUGUGUGUAUAUAGGUAUGUAUGCCAGUGUUAAUUGAGAAUAAAUGAAUAUUGAAUGGCU